AUGUACAAAUAUAAUUUACAAAAUUAUUUUACUUUAUUGUACUUAUUUGAAAACCCACCAGAGCAAUUUAAUGGUGAAGAUCAAGAUGAAAAUGACAAUGAUGAAAUACAACAAUCACAAUCAAAUUUACCACCAAUACCCACCCCCUCCACCUCUACCUACACUUCGACUACAACCAUCACUACCACUACAACAACACCAACACCAACAACACCAAUCACAACAAAUAUUAAUGAUAAAGAAAGUGUUUCAAUAUCAAAUAUAAAUGUUAAUGAUGAUUCUUCCUCGCCUAAUAAAAGAAAAUUGGGUGAAAUAGGAAAUUCAACACCAUCACAACCUCCUUCAAAGAAAGUUAGCACCCCAAAAUCGAAUGAAAGUAAUAAAAGUGUAAAUUAUAGUGGUGCUUCACCAUCUAAUGAGGGGUACUCUCCUUCUCCUUCUCCCUCUUCAAAAUAUAUUAAGACACCAAUAUCGAAUAGUAGUAGUUUAUCAAACACACCAUUAUCCAAUAGUAGUAAUAAUAAUAAUAAUAAUAAUAAUAAUAAUAAUAAUAAUAAUAAUAAUAAUAAUAAUAAUAAUAAUAAUAAUAAUAAUAAUAAUAAUAAUAAUAAUAAUAAUAAUAAUAAUAAUAAUAAUAAUAAUGAUAAUAAUGAUAAUGAUAAAAGUAAAGAAAUUAGUGAAGAUGAUAAAUUCACAUUAAAGAAACAACAAUCUUUUAAUGUUAAUUUCACACAGAGUUUAAAUGAUGAAGUACUUAGUUAUACAUCAUCAGAUUAUUAUAGAGAUAAUAUCGAUAAUCCUACUGAAACCUAUACGAGUAGUGAUAAUUUAAACUAUGAAAAUUUUGAUGAAGAAUUAAUUUUUAGUGCUCCAAAUAAUAAAGAUAUAAUUCAUAUCAUUGAUACCGAUAACAAGUCAUCAUCAUCGUCAUCAUUAUCAUCUCUUCCUUCUUCUUCUUCUCAAACAAACCAACCAAAAAAUAAAUCAUCAUCAACAACAACAAAAACAACACCAUCAUCAACAAAAACAAGAACAACCUCUCCAACUGUAACAAAAACAAAUCAAAUAUCACCAAAUAGUAUUAAUAAAUUCAAUAGUAGUAAUAACAAUAACAAUAACAAUGCCAUAACACCAAGUAAAAAGAAAAGAAUAGAUUACGAUUUAAUAUCAGGUACCAGAGUAAAAACACCAAAAAAGAGUGCAAUCGUGUCGAAACAACCAAAAGGAUUUUUAUCAACACCUAAAAAGAAUACAACUACAGUAGAUGAUGAUGGUGGUGAUGAUGAUGAAACUGCAACUUCUAAAAACAAUGAAGAUCUAAAUAAAAAUACAAAUAAAGAUUCAGAUAAGAAUGAAAAAGAUUUUUGUCCAAUUUGCCAAUCAGAAUUUGUUAAUCCAUACUAUUCGCCAUGUAAUCACACUUGUUGCUUUGAAUGUUGGAAUCAAUGGUUGUCACUAAAACUUGAAUGCCCAGUUUGCAGGGAAAGAUGUCGUAUUAAACAAUGUAAACCCUUAACAAAUCUUGAUUCCCAACAAUAA